AUGGACGUUAUUCUUCCAGUUUCUGAUACCCUGGUGGAUGAUCUUGCUCAUAUCGACGAGGAUACUACAUCUUCAAAACCGUCGGGUGGAGAAAAGGGUAAAAGCAAGCGGAAAGAGAAGAAGAAUGUUGGACGGCGAAGCAGGGGGACUCGCGUCGAAGGCCCAAGACCAGAAGGAGAGGGACACUCGAAGGAACCGCGUCUGCCCAAACGGAUGUGUGCUCUUCUGCUGGGAUUCUGCGGUUCGGGAUACAGGGGGAUGCAAUUCCAAGUAGCUACUAUUGAGGGUACACUGUUUGAUGCUCUCGUCAGAGCUGGUGCUAUUUCCAAAGACAAUUCUGAUGACCCGGUCAAGGUGAAUUUGCAACGCGCUGCUAGAACAGACGCAGGUGUACAUGCAGCGGGUAAUGUGGUAUCCCUCAAAAUGAUUCCCUUCGUUCCAGGCCAGGGCGACAUGUUAACGCGUAUAAACGAGGAGCUUCCUCCAGAUAUUCGCGUCUGGGACUUCGUCCGAACGAAGAACUCAUUCAACGCACGCUUACUAUGUGAUAGUCGAAAAUAUACGUACUUCUUUCCGUCGUAUCUUUUGAUACCCCCAAAACCAGGCAGUGCCUUAUUCCGGAACAUUGAGCAGUAUACUAGCACUUUGCCCUCGGGUCCUGUCUCUCCUGCCUACGAUUUUUGGACGAAUUUGGAUCUCAAGACGCUUACUUUGGAAGAAGAGUUACGCCGUAAGCGCUCGUGGAGGGCGACUUCGGUACAUCUUGAACGAUUACGAACUACUGCAAAAAGAUACGAAGGGACUCACAACUUCCAUAACUUUACCGUCGCGCGCAAUCCCAAGGACGGAACGAACAAACGAUACAUGAAAGUCGUCGAUAUUCUUGAUCCUCAAACACACGGAGACACAGAAUGGAUACCGGUUGUAUUCCACGGUCAAAGCUUCAUGCUGCAUCAGAGGAAAAUGAUGUUCGCCUUGGUCAUGUCGUGCAGGACUGCGACGCCUGAUAACAUCAUCAAUGAACUGUACAGUCUGCGCCGAAUGGUAAUUCCAAAAAUGCCUGCUCUUGGUUUGCUUCUGGAAUGUCCCAUCUAUGAUGUCUACAAUAUGAAUGUUGUCCCAGUUAAUCAGAACCUGGAGUCUUCGGAUCCAAGCUACCGUCCGCCUAUCGACUUCGCAAAGCAAGCUGAGAAGAUGGCAGAGUUCAAACAAAAAUUCAUCUAUACCAGCAUGCGCCGCAUUGAGGACCGGAAAGGCCUAUUCGACGCUUGGGUACGGUCUGUGGAUGCUUAUGCAGGCAAGGACUUGCUAUAUUACAACCCAGAGGGAACAAUACCCGAUGUUUCCGUGAUUAAGGAUGGGGAACGCCGCCUUCAACCUUUCAAGGAGAGGAAGAUCUUCAAUCGAACUGAUUUCGAGGAUGAUGAGGAAGGAAAAGUCGAAAUAGAAGAUGAAGAGGGCGAAGAAGAGGAUGUUCGAAUGGAUAAGAAGACGUUGGAGGAGAUGGAAGGCUGA